AUGAGGGCCUACCUCUUUGUUUGCGCUGCAGCCCCGGGCCUCUGGGGCCCCGCUGCUGCCUACCAUAGGCAGGGGCCCCCAGGUGACCUUUUGGCUUAUAGCUAUGGGGGCCCCCCGCAGCAGCGGCUGCGGGCGGGGGCCCCCCGGGGGCCCCUGGGGGCCCCCCGGGGGCCCCUAGAGGCGGCCCUGAAGAGCUUCUUGCAGCAGCAGACUGACGGGGAGGAGGAGGCUGAGGGGCCCGAAUCGCCAGCAGCAGGCGAGGCAGAACAAAGCAGCAGCAGCAGCAGCAGCAGCAGCAGCAGCACGGAAGCAGCAGAGGGAGAGGCCCAGGAGGAAAGCUCAGGGGAAACAGAAGGAGCCAGCGGCGAGACUGAGGCGGGCAGCAGCAGCGGCGAAGCAGCAGCAGCCCCCGAGGCCCCCGACAAAGCAGCAGCAGCAGCAGCAGCAGCAGCAGCAGAAGUGACUGAGGGCCAGGAAACAGAGGAAGCAGCAGAGCAGCCAAGCCCAGAGGCUAAAGGAGAAGCAGCAGAAGCAGCAGAAGCAAAUCAAGAGACACAAGAGGCGCCAAAGGGAGAGGAAGCAGAAGAGGGAGCAGCAGCAGCAGCAGAAGAAGGGGCUGCAGCAGAAGCAGCAGCAGCAGAAGGGGCUGCAGCAGAAGCAGCAGCAGCAGAAGAGGGAGCUGCAGCAGAAGCAGCAGAGGGCGAGGCCGCCACUGAAGAGACAGCAGCAGCCAAACCCCCGCAGCCAACGGGAGGGGGGCCCCCUGGGGGGCCCCCUGGGGGCCCCCCGUUGGCUGCAGCGCAGCAGCAGACUCCAAGUCCCAAGAGCCUCCCAUCUGCUGCUGCUGCUGCACCUCAAAAAGAAGCAGCAGCAGAAGCCCCCGCGGGGGCCCCCAAGACAGAAGCUGCUGCAGCGGGGGCCCCCGGGGGCCCCCCAAGGGUUGCUGGUGAGGGCCAGAGCCCCAAAACUCCGCCUGGGGGGCCCCCCGAGGGGCCCCCUGAGGGGCCCCCGGGGGGGGCCCCUGAAGCUUCCUUAAAAGGGUCCCCCAAGGGGCCCACUGGGGGGCCCCCAGGGGGCCCCCACGGCAUGAGCCGGUGGACCCGGCAGUUCUUGUCGCACGGGAGAAGCACUUUGGGAGUUUUGUCUCAGUCGGAUUUAUUUAAAACUUUCAAAAAGAGAUCUCAAGAAAUAAGACCCAGCCGGACUUUGAUGCAGCAGCUAGCCAGCAGGUUUGGGGCCCUGCGGCAGCAAGUGGCAGAAGCCAGGGCCUUUCAGCAGCAGCAGCAGCAAAAGCUGCAGCAGCAGCAGCAGCAGCAGCAGCAGCAACGGGAGCCGGCAAAAGCCUCCCAAUAA